UAGAACCCAAACAAAACACCCCGAAAACAAAAUUUUAAAUUCUUUUUCGUACUAGGAAAGGGAUUCCCCACGCACGCCAGUCUUUUCUCCAUUGGGUUUUGCUGCUUUUCUGUGGGAUGAGGAAGAAAAACCGGAGGUAGGAAAGGGAUUUACGACCGUAGUUCGGUCAAGUAGCUUGAAUAAUUGUGGACGGCUCGGGAAAGGCUUUCAAGGCCGCUCAUCCCAACUACAGGCCACGCAGCGCAGCCGGGCUGGCCCUCCUCCCACCGGUCUCUGCCCCCCUCAGCUAAUCAUCUUCAUUAGGGGCGUCAUCGCCGACCUAAUGAAAGCAAACUGUGUGGAAAUCGCCGGUAAACAGGUCUGUGCUGUAAUUAAUUCAGUGUCUCUUUUAAUCAAACUGGAAAAGAAUCGGGCCGCGGCUUGUGGAGCCGUGACAUCACCCCCAAAAUCGACCGGAGCCAAUCAGCGUCAUCACUCCGGGGACACGUGGGUGAGUCCCCUUUAAAAAAAAAAACACAACACAACGAAAAAAAAAGAGAGAGAGAGAGAAACAACAAAAAAAAAAAGCCAGCCCCAAAGUAAAAGUGACACAAGUUCGAUUUUUUUUUUUUUUUAAAGGAAGGGGGGGCGGCGAAGGCGCGCGCCGAGGACAGGUGAGAGCUGCGGUGGGAGCCGCGGGGCGCUGUCCGCGGUGCUGACGGCCCCCGGCGAGGCCGAGUGCGCACGCAGGCUCUCCGGGGCCAGGUGGAGCGGCGCGAGCGGCCGGGGCCGCCGCUGUCCGCGGUGCUGAGGCCUGCAGGUGCGCUCUGCUCCGCCCGCGGGUAGCGCGGCCCGGGCCGGGGCUCUGCGCCGUGCUGACCCCUGCCCUCGGCUACCGUUUGCCUGGAGGAAGCGUGCCGUUUGGAUUUUGCUUUUUUAAAAAAGACGAUCUUGAUUCAGAUUCCAACAGCCUCGCGUUUCUUCUGUGCCAAAGGGGCCCUCAGGCCGUUCUUCUACCUUUUGGCUCUCCCCAACUUGGCGCGCCCUCCUCCCAUUCCUCCCUGACACUCCCACCACCACCCCCCCUCGGCUCGGCUGCUCGGCGCGGUGCUGCAGAAGACGCGUUGAACCCUUUUGGAUGUAAUGCGCAGAGGAGGUUGGCCCAGAGCUCCCGGGCUCCCCCAAGGCUGAACUCCGUCCAAGGUGCCCACAGGCUCCCUGCCCGCCUUCCCCAUGCCAGCCCGCAGCUAGGGGCAGGGGCAGCGGCGGCUGGGGUUGGGGGUGGGUGGGGAGCUUUUGGGGAGGACAGGUCGCAGUUUGGCUAUGGAAGGCUCCAAUGGCUUUGGGAUUGACUCCAUUCUCUCCCACCGAGCGGGCAGCCCCGCCCUUCCCAAGGGGGACCCCUUGCUUGGGGACUGCCGCUCACCCCUGGAGCUGAGUCCGCGCUCAGAGAGCAGCAGCGACUGCUCUUCGCCAGCCUCGCCGGGAAGAGACUGUCUGGAGACCAGUACCUCGCGGCCCGGUGCGGCAUCUGGCCCAGGUUUGGACUCUCACCUGCAGCCGGGGCAGCUUUCAGCCCCAGCCCAGUCGCGAACCGUCACCUCCUCCUUUCUGAUCAGGGACAUCCUUGCUGACUGCAAACCUCUCGCGGCCUGUGCACCCUACUCUAGCAGCGGGCAGCCUGCAGCCCCUGAGCCUGGGGGCCGCCUUGCGGCCAAGGCCGGGGAGGACUUUCGCGAUAAGCUGGACAAAAGUGUCAGCAGCGCCUCGUCGGACUCUGAAUACAAAGUGAAGGAGGAGGGUGACCGCGAGAUAUCCAGCUCUAGGGACAGUCCCCCUGUGCGCCUGAAAAAGCCACGGAAAGCGCGCACCGCCUUCACUGACCAUCAGCUGGCGCAGCUGGAGCGUAGCUUCGAGAGGCAGAAAUACCUGAGUGUGCAAGACCGCAUGGAGCUGGCUGCCUCGCUCAACCUCACUGACACGCAGGUCAAAACCUGGUACCAGAACCGCAGGACUAAAUGGAAGCGACAGACAGCCGUGGGGCUGGAGCUGCUGGCGGAGGCAGGCAAUUACUCGGCGCUCCAGAGAAUGUUCCCGUCGCCUUAUUUCUACCCUCAGAGUCUCGUUUCCAACCUGGACCCGGGUGCCGCGCUCUAUCUCUACCGCGGCCCCAGUGCGCCACCGCCUGCCCUCCAGAGACCUCUGGUGCCCCGCAUCCUUAUCCACGGACUCCAGGGCGCCAGCGAGCCGCCCCCGCCGCUGCCCCCGCUGCCUGGCGUCCUCCCGCGCGCCGCGCAGCCUCGGUGAGGCGCCCUCUUGCCCCUAGCCGUGCUCCGGGGCCCCCCAGCUCAGACUGGGCGCGGGUCCCUCCCGUCGCCCCGGGGCAGGGCUGCCCGGCUCCCCGCAGUGCCGCAACCUAGUGUCCCCGAGGGGGAUAAAUCCACUGAGGCUACCCCUUCGCUGCGUCCUCUCUCCUGGCUGCUCCACCCCAGAGCCACUUCCACCUGCCGGAUGUACAUACGCGCCCCUGCCCACCUCCCACCCAACCCCAAGUCCCUGCGGGCUUCCCUAAGUGCUCCCUGUCCCCUCAGCAGCAGGUAAGGACGCCGGUGACUGGCUCUCUCCGGUGCCCCAGCCUCGGGUUCACCCUUCUCCCCGCGCCUCUGCGGGACAGGGUGGGAGUGCUGUAAGGAGCUACCCCCCCCCCCAUCUCCUUUAUUCUUCCUGAGCCCCGGGCUAGCGGCAGAGCUGUACAUACAGUGUGCAAAGUGUAUAUGAAGUUAUUUAUUCGUGACAGUGUCCGUGAAUCAGUGAGUCUGUGGCCUGUGCCCUCCCCGUCCUGGGUGGGGCAGGAAGGGGCCGAGAGGGCUUGCCCAUGCAUCCGGGCCCCCCAGCCCCCUUCCCUUCCACCCAGGUCCCGGGGCACCCAGGCCUCUUGGGUUCUCUUUUUUAAUGUGGAAAUAAACUUCUUACAAAUGAC